UCACGACGGAACUGGGGCGCCGCGGCGGUGGCUGCAGCAGCAGGUGCGCGGCCUGGACGCGAGCGAUCCGCCCGGGAGAAAGCGGCGCUCCUCCCGAGCUCCGUAGCGGCCGCGAGCUCGGCCGCGGCGACCUCCUGGCGCCCAGUGCGGACAACGGAAACUGCAGCCAUGACCACCCACGUCACCCUGGAAGAUGCCCUGUCCAACGUGGACCUGCUGGAAGAGCUGCCCCUCCCUGACCAGCAGCCAUGCAUCGAGCCGCCGCCUUCCUCCAUCAUGUACCAGGCUAACUUUGACACGAACUUUGAGGACAGGAAUGCGUUUGUCACAGGCAUCGCGAGAUACAUUGAGCAGGCCACGGUCCACUCCAGCAUGAACGAAAUGCUGGAGGAAGGGCACGAGUACGCGGUCAUGCUGUACACCUGGCGCAGCUGUUCCCGAGCCAUCCCCCAGGUGAAGUGCAACGAGCAGCCCAACCGAGUGGAGAUCUAUGAGAAGACGGUGGAGGUGCUGGAGCCAGAGGUCACCAAGCUCAUGAAGUUCAUGUACUUUCAGCGCAAGGCCAUCGAGCGCUUCUGCAGCGAGGUGAAGCGGCUGUGCCAUGCCGAGCGGAGGAAGGACUUCGUGUCCGAGGCCUACCUCCUGACCCUGGGCAAGUUCAUCAACAUGUUCGCUGUCCUGGACGAGCUGAAGAACAUGAAAUGCAGCGUCAAGAACGACCACUCUGCCUACAAGAGGGCGGCGCAGUUCCUGAGGAAGAUGGCAGACCCCCAGUCUAUCCAGGAGUCCCAGAACCUUUCCAUGUUCCUGGCCAACCACAACAGGAUCACCCAGUGUCUCCAUCAGCAACUCGAAGUGAUCCCAGGCUACGAGGAGCUCCUGGCGGACAUCGUCAACAUCUGUGUGGAUUACUACGAGAAUAAAAUGUAUCUGACCCCCAGCGAGAAGCAUAUGCUCCUCAAGGUAAUGGGUUUUGGUCUCUACCUGAUGGAUGGAAAUGUCAGUAACAUUUACAAACUGGACGCCAAGAAAAGAAUCAACCUCAGCAAAAUUGAUAAGUUCUUCAAGCAGCUGCAGGUGGUGCCCCUUUUCGGCGACAUGCAGAUAGAGCUGGCCAGAUACAUUAAGACCAGUGCUCACUAUGAAGAGAACAAGUCCAAGUGGACGUGCACCCAGAGCAGCAUCAGCCCCCAGUACAAUAUCUGCGAGCAGAUGGUUCAGAUCCGGGAUGACCACAUCCGCUUCAUCUCCGAACUCGCUCGCUACAGCAACAGUGAGGUGGUGACGGGCUCCGGGCUGGACAGCCAGAAGUCAGACGAGGAGUACCGCGAGCUCUUUGACCUGGCUCUGCGGGGCCUGCAGCUCCUGUCCAAGUGGAGUGCCCACGUCAUGGAGGUGUACUCCUGGAAGCUGGUUCACCCCACAGACAAGUUCUGCAACAAGGACUGCCCUGGCACGGCCGAGGAGUACGAGAGAGCCACGCGCUACAACUACACCAGCGAGGAGAAGUUCGCCUUCGUCGAGGUGAUCGCCAUGAUCAAAGGCCUGCAGGUGCUCAUGGGCAGGAUGGAGAGUGUCUUCAACCAGGCCAUCAGGAACACCAUCUACGCGGCCCUGCAGGACUUCGCCCAGGUGACCCUGCGUGAACCCCUCAGGCAGGCAGUGCGGAAGAAGAAGAACGUCCUCAUCAGUGUCCUACAGGCAAUUCGGAAAACCAUCUGUGACUGGGAAGGGGGCCGAGAGCCCCCCAAUGACCCGUGCUUGAGAGGAGAGAAGGACCCCAAAGGUGGAUUUGACAUCAAGGUGCCCCGGCGUGCCGUGGGGCCCUCCAGCACACAGCUGUACAUGGUGCGGACCAUGCUUGAAUCGCUCAUUGCAGACAAAAGCGGCUCCAAGAAGACCCUGCGGAGCAGCCUGGACGGACCCAUCGUCCUUGCCAUCGAGGACUUCCACAAACAGUCCUUCUUCUUCACGCACCUGCUCAACAUCAGUGAAGCCCUGCAGCAGUGUUGCGACCUCUCCCAGCUCUGGUUCCGAGAAUUCUUCCUGGAGUUAACCAUGGGCCGGCGCAUCCAGUUCCCCAUUGAGAUGUCCAUGCCCUGGAUUCUAACAGACCACAUCCUGGAAACCAAAGAACCUUCCAUGAUGGAGUACGUCCUCUAUCCGUUGGAUCUGUACAAUGACAGCGCCUACUACGCUCUGACCAAGUUUAAAAAGCAGUUCCUGUACGAUGAGAUCGAAGCCGAGGUGAACUUGUGUUUUGAUCAAUUUGUCUACAAGCUGGCGGACCAGAUCUUUGCUUACUACAAGGCCAUGGCUGGCAGCGUCCUGCUGGACAAACGUUUUAGGGCCGAAUGUAAGAAUUACGGAGUCAUCAUUCCGUACCCGCCGUCCAACCGCUACGAAACGCUGCUGAAACAGAGGCAUGUCCAGCUAUUGGGCAGAUCAAUUGACCUGAACAGACUCAUCACCCAGCGCAUCUCUGCUGCCAUGUAUAAAUCCUUGGACCAGGCCAUCAGCCGCUUUGAGAGUGAGGACCUGACCUCCAUCGUGGAGCUGGAGUGGCUGCUGGAGAUCAACCGGCUCACUCACCGGCUGCUAUGUAAGCACAUGACCCUGGACAGCUUCGACGCCAUGUUCCGGGAGGCCAAUCACAACGUGUCUGCCCCCUACGGCCGCAUCACCCUGCACGUCUUCUGGGAGCUGAACUUCGACUUCCUCCCCAAUUACUGCUACAAUGGGUCCACCAACCGUUUUGUCCGAACUGCCAUUCCUUUCACCCAAGAACCGCAAAGAGAUAAACCGGCCAACGUCCAGCCUUAUUACCUCUACGGGUCCAAGCCUCUGAACAUUGCCUACAGCCACAUCUACAGCUCCUACAGGAACUUCGUGGGCCCCCCUCACUUCAAGACCAUCUGCAGGCUCCUGGGUUACCAGGGCAUCGCUGUGGUCAUGGAGGAACUGCUGAAGAUCGUCAAGAGCUUGCUCCAAGGCACCAUCCUCCAGUACGUAAAAACACUGAUCGAAGUCAUGCCCAAGAUAUGCCGCCUGCCCCGACAUGAGUACGGCUCCCCAGGGAUCCUGGAGUUCUUCCACCACCAGCUGAAGGACAUCAUCGAGUAUGCGGAGCUCAAAACCGACGUGUUCCAGAGCCUGCGGGAGGUGGGCAACGCCAUCCUGUUCUGCCUGCUUAUCGAGCAAGCUCUGUCUCAGGAGGAAGUCUGUGAUUUGCUCCACGCUGCACCCUUCCAGAACAUCUUGCCUAGAGUCUACAUCAAAGAGGGGGAGCGGCUGGAGGUCCGAAUGAAACGCCUGGAAGCCAAGUACGCCCCGCUUCACCUGGUCCCUCUGAUAGAGCGGCUGGGGACCCCUCAGCAAAUUGCCAUCGCUCGGGAGGGCGACCUGCUGACCAAGGAGCGGCUGUGCUGCGGCCUGUCCAUGUUCGAGGUCAUCCUGACCCGCAUCAGGAGCUACCUACAGGACCCCAUCUGGCGGGGCCCACCGCCCACCAACGGCGUCAUGCAUGUGGACGAGUGCGUGGAGUUCCACCGGCUUUGGAGCGCCAUGCAGUUCGUGUACUGCAUCCCCGUGGGGACCAACGAGUUCACGGCUGAGCAGUGUUUUGGAGACGGCUUGAACUGGGCCGGCUGCUCCAUCAUCGUCCUGCUGGGUCAGCAGCGUCGCUUCGACCUGUUCGACUUCUGUUAUCACCUGCUGAAAGUGCAGAGGCAGGACGGGAAGGACGAAAUCAUUAAGAAUGUGCCCCUGAAGAAGAUGGCAGACAGGAUCAGGAAGUACCAGAUCCUGAACAAUGAGGUUUUUGCCAUCUUGAACAAGUACAUGAAGUCCGUGGAGACGGACAGUUCCACCGUGGAGCAUGUGCGCUGCUUCCAGCCGCCCAUCCACCAGUCACUGGCCACCACCUGCUAGGCGGGAAGUCCUGCAAACCCCUCGUCCUGGAGGAGGAGGAGAAGCAGGAGAGAGAAAGCCAUGGCCAGCCUGUGACAGGGUCUGGCUGGACAGCACGUGGGAUGGACCCAGAAGCAAAUGAGAGCCUCCCCAGACACAUCUGCACCUCCCGAGGGCUGGGCCUGCAUGCUCUCCCAUCACAUCUCCAUGGUGGUUCCUCCAUAGUGUACAUGAAAAAAAAAAAAAAAGAAAGAAAGAAACAGGGCAAUAUGUGCUUUUUUUUUCUUUUUUCCCCCCAACGGUGUUUAAAGUCCUAGUUUCACCCUUAAUCUCGUGGUUCCCCACAUCUGUGGCUGCUUCCCAAGACCUCCUUCCUAAAUGGCGACCUCCUACCCAGUGCCCGGGCGCAACCCCAGGACUGAAGCCUUAGAGGUGGAGAGCAGAGUGUGGCCAUGCCCCGGGACGUCAGCCUGGCCUGACGGGCAUGCCCCCCUUACUAGCGUCUUCACCUCCUCUGGCUCCCUCCCCCAACUUCCCCAGAUGGCAUCUUCUCCUGCUCUGGACGCCAGGGAGUCCACCACCGAGAGUACUCCUGGACCAGGCACUGAGAGCCGUGGUGAACGGGAGGUGAGGACCCGGUAUCAGCACCGUGGUAGAUGGGGUCGUGGGGUUGCCUCUGGUCUUCCAUGGGCUCCCCAAACCGUGUCCUAACUCCCCUCUCAGGAUAUUCCUAGAAAGCAUUCAGAAAUGCAUUCACAGCUGGAUCCCACUAAUUAGUGUGGAAUUGAAUUAGGAGCAUGGUUAGGCCCUCUGGGUGGAAGCAGUAGUUAUGAACCCAGCCAGGAAUUCCACAGGCCUAAACAGAAGGCUCUCAGGCCAUCUCAUCAGCUUGGUGGAGACUGGGUCCUCUGUUCACUGAGCAAGUACUUAGCACUGAGUCACUGGGGCUCCAGCUUUGAACAGGCCAGGCAUGCACUGCCCGCAGCAUUAGCCAGCAGCCAAAUUAGGGGCUACUUCUCGGCACAGACUCUCUCAUCAAGGAAGACCGUCACAAGAAAGACUACAUUAAGGAGUUAUUUUAACAGAAGCCAGAAACAUCUUGGGGUCAGGGAGGUAAGGAGUAUAAAUAAUACUUGUCAGUGUGCUUUUAAUUCCAAAAUACGCCUCUAAGAGGAGUCCUGGUUUAGUGAACAGGACUUCCAGUGUCCAAGAAGCUGAAAGAUUCUGGAGACAUUUUAUCUUUUACUCUCAACUCAGUGUUCCUUAACUUAGAUUUUGAGGGGUGGGACAUAUGUCACAGGGACGUGUCUACUUCCAUUUCUCAGACUGAACCAAAAUUCCUUGCAGAAUCUCCCCCCAAGAAAUGGGGAGACUGUGUAGAAGGAUGGAAGCCUUUGGGAAGUGAGUGUCUCAUUGCAGAGUCUCACCAUCAAAGGGCAUCUGUGACCCUGAGCUUGUAAGAACGUAUAAAGUGAGACAUUUGAUUUCUCCCUCAGCCCAGGAAGGAAAAGAGAGAAAAUAGAACGGUAACAAUCCUCUCCCUCAGGGCAGAAGAAUGGGAAUGAUUACCGUUAACCAGAUGGCCCAUUUCAACCGUAUGGCAAGAGCAAAGACGUGUCUGUAGCAAGAGGUUUGUGUGAUACACUCACGCUCUCCAGAGAGGGGAGAGGUGGGGCUCGCCAAGUGUGGUCCAAAGGCCACCUCCAUCAGGGCCUCCUGAGGUUGUUACCUGUGAUGCAGGUUCCUGGGCCCCACCGGAAACCCACUAAUUCUGCAACUUUGGGAGCAGGAUUGAGAAAUCUGCACUUCCCACAAGCUGAAUUGUUGUGCUGCCCGUGGAAGUCUGAGGACCAUGCUGCAGAGUGCCCCCGGCACUGCUCACCUUGGGCUUUGAGCUCCCUCUGAGCCAGGAAGAGACACCUGUAGGGCAGGAAAGUGGGUCAGGGUGGAAGCUGUUGGGCCCUCCUGUCUGGAGCUGCCACGUCCUGUUCUGAUUUCUCAUUUUUCCCUCUUGAUGAUCAUAGAUGAGUCCCAGAGGCAAAAGCGAGGUGUUACACCACGCGGGAGAACUACACAAUAAAACCCACGGUCAAAGCCCACAGGACAUUUCUGAGCUCCGGAGCCUUCAGUCCUGUCUGGGGACGGUUGCUGGCUCAUGCUUUCAGAUAGAUGACUGGCUGUUAGGUCCUGGAGAUCGUUCCAAACCCUUGACCACUGCUUUAUGGAGAUUUGGAUCAUCCAUUUGAUGAGAUUGCUAUUUCAACCACCCGCCCCUCCCACCCUGAAUUUGACCCUCUGGGUAGAAUCCCAUUAUCCUCAAGAGAUUUGAUCCCAGUAAAUUGAGGUCUUUGCCUUCAGGAGAGACAUUUCAUUUCCCUGGCUCACCAGCAGCAUUUAUGAACACCGAACAGGUUUAACGUUCUCUCCUUCCUGGUGUUACUGCCCCCUUUUGAUUUUUUGUGUAUCUAAGAACCAGGAAAAAAAAAAUCUUAGGUUUUAAAAAAUUAAAAGUAAAUGUUUCAGAAACUGUCAAAUGUACCAUAUUUGUAUUAAGAGUUGUGGGAGAUUUUUGUACAAUGAAUCUACAUUUAUUUAUGGUGACUUAUAUUUACGCUUGUGAUCAGAUAAUGUUGUUAAAUUCUUAAAUCAUAUUUGCUAUGCAGCUGAAGAUGAUAUUUUGCUUUGUAUUUUUGGGGUACCUGUGUUAAGUUGAUGAACAUUUCCAUCUCCAUUAAAACUGCUUCCAAACCAGUGAAA